UCCCCUUUUUCUACCGUCGCAUUUCAUCCCCGACUCGAGAGCGCUGCCUUUUCAACCAGGAAGGAUUUAAAAAAAAAAAUUUUUGUGUGUGGGUUCUAUCAAUAUAUCUAUUUUUUGGUGGUCCUUUCUUUUUUUAUUUUUUUAUUUUUUUUAGAAACGUCACGCACGGCGGGAGGAUGAGACGCGACGUGACGGCGGCACAAUAGUCUGGAACAAGCCGCACUUUUUCCAUGGACUGCGUCCGUCGUUCGUUUCGGACGCUUUUUAACGACAUAUAUUCAUAUUCGCUCAUAUCGCGGGUGGGUUAUUAUUUUUAUUUUAUUUUUUCUUUCCGCUUUCCCCCCCCGGUGCCGUGCGAGUGAUUAGAAGUUAGCUACGGCGGCUAACGGGGCGAGUGCGCGUGCGCGGCGUGAUGAUGGCGCGAGGAAGAAGCCUCCACGCUGUGGCUCGUCCUCGUCAUGGCUCCCAUUAAUUCCACUAAUUGCCGCUUCUCCCCACACGUCUUCUCACCAAAUCUGCCGAGCAGAGCCGGGGUCGUAACAAUGGAAAAUAUAUUAUAAGGCUCAGACAGACCAGACCGUGUUUAAGCUUUUUUAUUUUAUUUUAUUUUAUUUUUUUAAGCCAGCUAGCAAGCUUGUUAGCGGAUUAGCGCGCGCAAACGCCGCCUGGGCUCCAACUAACCGUUUUUUUUUUCAAGCCUUGGACGCUCCACCAUGGACGCUCAGACCGGGGAUGUGGAGCCCAUGCCGGGAUACCUGGACCUCUUCAGCCGGGCUUCCGGCGUCAUGUGGACGGCAUGGCGGGAGUGCAGCCAGUGCGGUCUGCAUCUCUCCAGGCGGACCCUCCUGGACCAUGCAUACAUCACCUGCACCGAGAUUGCACUCUUCUUCUUCUGCGCCUUUUUGUGGACGCAAAUACGACGGGGGUUGACUGAAAGACUGUUCAAGCCUCUAGCACGGUGGUGCGGGUUGCUGCCCAAAGAUGCCGCCAAGAUGCCGGAGAGCGCGUGGAAGCUGGUCUUCUACACCAUGUCGUGGUGCUACAGCACCUACCUGCUCUUCUUCACCUCCUACUCCUUUUUCCACGACCCGCCCUCCGUCUUCUACAACUGGAAGAGUGGAAUGUCAGUGCCUAUGGACAUCGCCAUCGCCUACUUAAUCCAGGGCAGCUUCUACGGCCACUCCAUCUACGCCACCGUCUACAUGGACGCCUGGAGGAAGGACUCGGCCGUCAUGGUGGUGCAUCACAUCAUCACGCUGGCCCUCAUCUGCUUCUCCUACGCCUUCAGGUAUCACAACGUGGGCAUCCUGGUGUUGUUCCUCCACGACAUCAACGACAUCCAGCUGGAGUUCACCAAGCUCAACGUCUACCUGAAGUCCAGAGGGGGAGGAUACUACCUGCUCAACGACGUGCUGUCCAACAUGGGCUCCGUCAGCUUCAGCAUCACCUGGUUCUGGUUCCGUCUCUACUGGUUCCCGCUAAAAGUUCUGUAUGCCACCUGCGUGUCCAGCCUGCAGUCGGUCCCCAACAUUCCUUUCUACUUCUUCUUCAACACUCUGCUCCUCGCCCUGCUGCUCAUGAACAUCUACUGGUUCCUGUUCAUCGUCAUAUUCGUGGUGAAGGUGCUGAAGAUGAAGGAGGUGAACGACGUGCGCGAGUACGAGGACGAGGAAGGCAGCAAGGCAGCAGCAGGCCUGCUCAGAAAGGCGGACAGAAAUAACCACGACGAUGAUGAUGAUGAUGAUGCUGGACAUCACCAAUGUGGCGAAGGGAAGCGCGCCCAGAACGGCAUCGCCAAGGAGAAGCAUCUAUGAGGGAGCUCUCCGUCGCCCCCGCCUGGCAGGAGGCCGCGAGUACGGAGGGAGAGAAGGAUCAGGAAGAACACACACACACAAAACAGUAUUUCAUGAUGAGCUUGUUGUCGUUAUUUUUUUAUUAUUAUUAUUAUUAGAGCACUGUGAAUGUUUUCUCUUCUCGUUGCUUAUUUUGCAUUUUAGUACAAGUCAGGAAUGGACUGUGAAGGUGUCACAUGACCCGGAGAUGCCUCUAGUGACAUGUUUUUUUCUCUCUUCCUCAUCCAUCCUUCAUGUCCCUAUUGAUUUUAUUCUCAUCACACACGCCUCAUGCGUCCAUUAGCAACAUUAGCGUGUGUGCGACUUGUUUUUUAACAACGCUUCACCUUAAUUUUCAAGGUGUGUUUGUGUCUGUUGCACUGACAUGAAGGCCGACCGACAAGCUGCUUUAAUGACAGCAAAAGGCAGGAAGUGAUCGAUUGUUUUGAAAAAUCUUUAACGGAAAGGAAAAAAAGAAGGCCCAUAAAAAGUGUGAAUCGGCGAUGAUACUCGAGAUUAUCGAGGAAAGCACGACACUGGAAAGAUUUGACGAACAUGCUAUGGAUUUUUAUGCCAUGGUUUUAUUUUGAAAAGAGCGCACAGGCACUUCCUGUGAAGGAUGGAUGCAUGCGUUUUUGCACACUAAAAAAAAAAGGCCCUCCAUCUACUUUCUCGAUCAACUUCGGGCUCUUGUUUUGAAAAGCAGCAUGUUUGUAGUGCCGGAAAUGGGCCACGGACGGAAGUGACUUUUUGUUUUGAUUAUUAUUAUUUUUGUCACUCUUCAUUCCAACACAUGUCAGCACUUGUUUUAUUUCAGGUUAUUGUUUGAUUUCUAUCUGAACUGCUGCUGUUUUGUCCUUUCUCUGAGCACACUGUUUUAAUUGUUAUUAGUUGUUUGUAUGAUCGGAUUUCAAACAGGACAAGGAAGAGCGGAUCUGUAUCAUCUCAAACCGUAUUUAAAAAAAAAAAAUGUUUUCCCAUUUGAAACCAACACUAGAACAUCAGACACUAAAAAACGAACAUCGCCAUAGUUGUUAAUAAUUUAUCAUUUAUUUAUUUAAUUGAGCUACCAAAUAAAAGUACCGUAUUUCCUUGAAUUGCCGCCGGGGCGCUAAUUAAUUAAAAAACCUCUUCUCACUCCUGCGCUUACCAAAGGCAUGCGGUAAAAGUAAGCAUGCGUUAAUUAUUUUAAAACCUCUUCUCACUCCGGCACUUACCAAAGGCAUGCAGUAAAAAAUGAGUGUGAUGUGAGCUUGGACCAUAAAUCAGGGGUAGGGAACAUAUGGCUCUAGAGCCAGAUGUGGCUCUUUUGAUGACUGCACCUGGCUCCCAGAUCAAUUUUAGCUGACAUUGCUUAACACAAUAAGUAAUGAAUAAAUAAAUCCGCUGGUAAUCACAGUGUCAAAAAUAACGUUCAAAAUAUAAAACAUUCUCAUGCAUUUUCCCUUCAGCCAUCCGGUUUCUACCGCACCUGUUCAAGAAGUCGCAUUAAUGGUAAGAAGUAUUAUAUUUAUUUUUGGCUAGCCUCAGAAUAACAAUGUUAUUAAAAAGAAUAAGAGACUUAUUAUACUCAAAAAAUGUUGGUCUUUAUUAAAAAUGCACGCAUAUAGUGGUAUUCAGUGUUAAAAAAAUAAAAUAAAAGUUGUAUGGCUCUCACAGAAAUAUUUUUUUAAAUAUUUGGCUUGUAUGGCUCUCUCAGCCAAAAAGGUUCCCGACCCCUGCCUUAAAUCCUUCUUCUGCAGCCGAGUAGUCGCAAGAAGGAUCACUAGCGUUCUCUACCACCAGGAGGCGGGAGUCGUUUAAUGACUCAUAUUUGACACACGCAGCUACGGUAUUGUGACGGUCUCAAGCCGUCGUCUUGCGGGUUCCCAGGACCACCAAGGAAGGACAUGGCUUGAGCAUUUUGACUUUGUUUAUUUUUCAAUAAAACCUCAGUUCAGGUCGCUCUUCCGCUCCUCGUCUCCGCUCGCUCGCCGUCUCCUUGCCGCCAUCUAGCGUGCCCUGCCUAUCUGUCGGACUGUUUGCUCCCAAGGUAUAUUAAUAAAACAUAGCUGCUUACUGUUCUUUUUAGCAUAUUCAAUCGCUUGGACCUUAAAUCCUACUGAAUAGCUCUUAAUCUUCUUCCCUUUAUGCGAUUUCAAAUUACUGGUAUUGAAAUCAGCCUCAUCCAUUUUGAUGACGACAGGCGAAGUGUUUGAUUGAUUGAUUGGUACUUUUAUAAGUAGAUUGUGACGUCACGAGUUAGACCAGGCAGUAAUUCAAGGCAGGCGCUACUAUAUGCACUGCGGCAAUUCAAGGAAAUACGGUAUAUAUUUAUUAAUAGCAAAUUUGUUGAUGGUUGAGUUCACCCGGAAGUAGUUUGUAUAGAUAUUUUUUUCAGACCCACAUGCCUGAGGCGUUUAUUUUGGCGUUUGGCUGCUUAAACGUAUACUAAUUUUAGCAAAAGUCUCCAAAGUUGCCAUUGUGCGUAUCCUUAAAGGGGAACAUUAUCACCAGACCUAUGUAAGCGUCAAUAUAUACCUUGAUGGUGCAGAAAAAAGACCAUAUAUUUUUUAACCGAUUUCCGAACUCUAAAUGGGUGAAUUUUGGCGAAUUAAACGCCCUUCUGUUUACCGCGCUGGAGGCGAUGACGUCAGAAUGUGACGUCGCCGAGGUAAUACAGCCGCCAUUUUCUUUUUCAACACAUUACAACACCAGGUCUCAGCUCUGUUAUUUUCCGUUUUUCGACUAUUGUUUGGAACCUUGGAGACAUCAUGCCUCGUGGGUGUGUUGUCGGAGGGUGUAACAACACUAACAGGGAGGGAUUCAAGUUGCACCGAAGAUGCCAAAGUGUCUGCCGCCAGACCCCCAUUGAAUGUGCCAGAGUGUCUCCACAUUUUACCGGCGGUGCUAAAGCAGACAUGGCACAGAGAUGUAUGGAUAACCUGCAGAUGCAUUUGCAACGAUAAAGUCAACGAAAUCACAAAGGUGAGUUUUGUUGAUAUUGACUGCCAGCUAAUCGAUGCUAAAAUGCCAUGCUAAUCGAUGCUAACAUGCUAUUUACCGGUGGUGCCAAAGCAGACAUGGUACAGAGAUGUAUGGAUAACCUGUAGAUGCAUUUACAACUAUAUUACGUUUCCUUCCACUCACAUUAUAGUCAACGAAAUCACAAAGGUGAGUUUUGUUGAUGUUGACUGCCAGCUAAUCGAUGCUAAAAUGCUAUGCUAAUCGAUGCUAACAUGCUAUGCUAAUCAAUGCUAACAUGCUAUUUAACGGCGGUGCUAAAGCAGACAUGGCACAGAGAUGUAUGGAUAACCUGUAGAUGCAUUUGCAACUAUAUUACGUUUCCUUCCACCCACAUUUAAUGCGAAAAAAUCGACGGAUUUAAGUUGCUCCAGUGUCAAAAGAUGCUUAAGUCCUAAACGUUUGGUCCGCACAUUUUACCGGCGAUGCUAACGCAGCUAUUCGGCCAUGCUAUGGCUAUGAAUAACGUCAAUAGCUUCAGUUUCUUCUUCAAUACUUUCAUACUCCAACCAUCCGUUUCAAUAUAAUCUGUUGAAUUGCUAAAAUCCGAGUUUGAAUCCGAGCUAAUGUCGCUAUAUCUUGUUGUGGUAUUCCCAUUGUUUGUUUACAUUGGCAGCACUGUGUGAAGUCACAGGGAAAUGGCCAGUGUCUUCGCAGGCACUUUAAAGCUUUAUUUAGGGAUAUUCCGAGACCGGUAAAAUUUCGAAAAAAACUUAAAUAAUACAACAAGCCACUGGAAACUGAUUUUUAUUGUUUUUAACCCUUUGGAAAUUGUGAUAAUGUUCCCCUUUGAUGAAUGUCUUGAUCCUCCCAGUUUUCCUCGGUGAAACUACUUCUGGCUGAACCUGGCGUAUCCAAUAAGUUUGGAAAAAAUUUACAUUUCUACGCCGGGUAUCCAUUCAUUGUGUUACUUUCGUAAACGACUGAUGACAAAACAUGUAUAGUUAUCCGUUUUAAUGGUGGUUUUAAAUGUAAAGACGAAGGAAUGAUUCAUUUCUUCCUUGUCUGGUUUGUGUGACGUCACGUUCUUGAAGCAAACCCAUUGGUUGUUUCUCCUACUUCCCUACUUGCGAGUGCUUAAUGGAAACAUGUAGUGCACUCAAAAGAGCCCUAAAUGGUGUAGUUGACCAGUAUUGAUAAUUCCCACAUUCAAAAGUAAGCCAAAAGGGGAGGGGCUAACAAUGCUCGCAAUUUACAAUUAAAAAGUAAAGAAGAAGAAAAAGGUAAAUAUUGAGUUAAAGGCGUAAAGACAGAACGGCUGAGAUGUGGGGGCGAUACUGAAAGGUUUGGUAUUGACCCGAUAACAGGACGUGUAUAACCGAUAAGGAUACCAAUAAUUUGUACUUGACAUUUUUCAUUUACACUUACCGUAUUUCCUUGAAUUGCCGCCGGGGCGCUAAUUAAUUUAAAACCUCUUCUCACUCCGGCGCUUACCAAAGGCAUGCGGUAAAAGCAAGCAUGCACUAAUUAGUUUAAAACCUCUUAAUAAUAAUAGUAAUGGAUUAGAUUUAUAUCGCGCUUUUCUAUUGUUAGAUACUCAAAGCGCUCACAGUGAAGUGGGAACCCAUCAUUCAUUCACACCUGGUGGUGGUAAGCUACAUCAGUAGCCAGAGCUGCCCAGGGGUAGACUGACGGAAGCGUGGCUGCCAGUUUGCGCCUACGGCCCCUCUGACCACCACCUGUCAUUCAUUCACCAGUGUGAGCGGCACCGGAGGCAAAGGGUGAAGUAUCCUGCCCAAGGACACAACGGCAGCGAUUUGGAUGUUAAUAGGUGGGAAGCGAACCUGCAACCCUCAGGUUUCUGGCACGGCCGCUCUACCCACUACGCCAUGCCGCCACUCCUGCGCUUACCAAAGACAUGCGGUAAUUAAUUUAAAACCUCUUCUCACGCCGGCACUUACCAAAGGCAUGCAGUAAAAAUUUGAGUGUGAUGUAAGCUUGGACCUUAAAUCCUACUGAAUAGGUUUUAAUCUUCUUCCUUUUAUGCAAUUUCAAAUUACCGGUAUUGAAAUCAGCCUCCUCCAUUUUGAAAAUGACGAAAGGGGAAGUGUUUGAUUGAUUGAUUGAUACUUUUAUUAGUAGAUUGUGACGUCACGAGUUUGACCCGGCAGUAAUUCAAGGAAAUACGGUAAAUGAACAUGAUUAUAAUUGCAAUUAAAUUUAACAAACUUUAAUACGACACUAUCAACAAAAUGUUGCUGAAACAAAUUAAUAUAAAAUCUAGUGCAAAAUAUUUCAAUUUAAUACUCAAAUUAUGAACUACUGUUGUUAAAAAAAUAUGUAUAUAUAUCAAAGAAGAUACCUACAACGAUCUCAUUCAGCUGGUAUCUGUCUGAUACGGAAACUACCAUUAGAUUAAUUAGCCCCUCCUCUACUGCACUUACAACACAAAGUACACAAGUGUACUUACUCAGUGCACAUGUGAAAGUGUACUAAUGGAAGUACUCUCAGCUACGGGACUCUUUCUGGAUCUUCUAUGCUUCAAAACCACAAAACAUUAAGUAGAAAGAAAACUUGCAAAAAUUACACAUUUUCUAAAAAGACAAUGAAAUAUUUUGUAUCCGCCUGAUAUCAGACAUGAGCGUUUCUUUUUUCAAAAAAAUAAAUUUAAAAAAUCAUACUUUGUCGCUGUGACUCAAUUCCGUUGACCAGCAUCUUCAAAUUAGCAUCACAGCUCCUCCUCCUGAGACACUUUCUCUGCCGGUGUGUGAGUGACAGGAAGAAAACCUCUAACAUGUUAUCAUUAAUUUUAUCGUUUUGCUUUUAUAGUUUAACUCCUAGAUCAAGCCCUGUUUUUUAAUGUUUUUUUUUUUACUUAGGGUAUAUUAUAAAAAUAAAAUUUUAUUAAAUAAUACACAAAUUGGCUUCUUCAGAAAUUACACAAAACUAAGAUUAUAAGAAAAAAAACACCAAAUAAAAUGUGUCAUAUUUUACAAAAUUGAACAUUACAAGUUAUAAGUCAAAUCUUGCGUGGUCGUCUUAUAUUCGGUGUUGGCAAACAUCAAAGGAGUUUAGCUGCUAAUUUGAAAAUAAUGGCGAUUAAUUAAGCAAAGACGUCAAAUUAUUAUUAUCAUACAUCACAAAUACUUUAACUAUUGUAACUGAGGGUUUAUAUAUGUCGCCUGUAUUGUAUAAAACUACAAAAUAACUAACACGGAUGCCCCAGUUUUACCCGAGGACCACUUUCCCCGGCCCUGUGAUGAGAUGGCGACUUGUCCAGGGUGUGCGCCGCCUUCCACCCGAAUGCAGCUGAGAUAGGCUCCAGCAACCCCGAACGGGAUAAGCGGUAGUAAAUGGAUGGAUGUUUUAAAAACUCCACUUUACCACAGUGUCACCACUUCCGCUCUUAGCGCCUUCAAAAUAGGAGCUCAAGGCAUAUUCUGCACACGGCAGGGGUGUCAAACUCAUUUGGAGGAAAAUCCCUUCCCAAGUGGGCCGGAAUGGUAAAAUCUCGGCAUGAUAACUUCAAAAUAAAGACAACUCCAGGUUGUUUACUUUGGCCAAAAAUAGAACAAGCACAUAUGAGGUGGCGACUUGUCCAGGGUGUACGCCACCUUCAGCCUGAUUGUAGCUGAGAUAGACGCCGGCGACCCCGAAAGAGAAUAUGCGGUAGGAAAUGGAUGGAUGGAUUGUGAAAACGUACGAAUCCCAAAUAAUCCUCUGGAAAAAACACUUUGUUUGUUGAAAAUUCUGAGGAAAUUGGUGCAGUUUCAAAGACACAAUGAGUUUAGACGUGGUCUCAGUUGAUCUACAAAGCCAGGAUUAAACUUUAAAUCGCAGUCUUUCUGGGAUUGAACAAAAAACACAACAUGUAAACUUUUCGAGGUAUCAAUCCAGUGUUAACUCAACAAACCGUGAGAAUCGGAGGUAAAACUAUUCAAAAGGUUUAAGUUUUCUCACUAUUUUCUACCUUAGUUGGCGCCUGUCUUGGCAGUAAUCCUAGAACCCGUUGGUAGAACUCCUUAUUUCACGGGUUUGGUACAUGUGCUGCCUUUAUUGGUUGUGAUACUCCCAAGCCUUUUGGGUGUAUAGAAAAUAGUUUUAUCCAUCUAUUAUUAUUAUUAUUAUUAUUAAUGUUAUUAUUAUGGAAAAAAGGACGACAACGAGGCAUCUCGCUUUGGUAAAAGUUGAUUUUCAAGACCAAAAAUUAUUUUCAAGGUAAAAGUUGAUUAUCCGAGUACACAAGAUACUAUCGUCUAUUCUUAAAACCCACACUAAGAUAUUAUCGGGGAGUAAGGGUGCAAAAUAACAAUGUUUGAAGUGGGCCGGAAUGGUAAAAUCCUGGCAUGAUAACUUCAAAAUAAAGACAACUCCAGGUUGUUUGCUUUUGGCCAAAAAUAGAAGCACAUUGUGAAAACGUACAAAUCCCAGAUAAUCCUCUGGAAAAAACACUUUGUUGAAAAUUCUGAAGAAAUUGGUGCAGUUUCAAAGACACAAUGAGUUUAGACGUGGUCUCAGUUGAUCUACAAAGCCAGGAUUAAACUUUAAGUCGCAGUCUUUCUGGGAUUGAACAAAAAACACAUGUAAACUUUUCGAGGAAUCAAUCUAGUGUUAAAUCAACAAACCGUGAGAUCCAUCCAUCUUCUUCCGCUUAUCAGAGGUCGGGUCGCGGGGGCAGCAGCCUAAGCAGGGAAGCCCAGACUUCCCUCUCCCCAGCCACUUGGUCCAGCUCCUCCCGGGGGAUCCCGAGGUGUUCCCAGGCCAGCUGGGAGACAUAGUCUUCCCAACGUGUCCUGGGUCUUCCCCGUGGCCUCCUACUGUUUGGACAUGCCCUAGGGAGGCGUUCGGGUGGCAUCCUGACCAGAUACCUGAACCACCUCAUCUGGCUCCUCUCCAUGUGAAGGAGCAGCGGCUUUACUUUGAGUUCCUCCCGGAUGACAGAGCUUCUCACCCUAUCUCUAAGGGAGAGCCCCGCCACACGGCGGAGGAAACUCGUUUUGGCCGCUUGUACCCGUGAUCUUGUCCUUUCGGUCAAAACCCAAAGCUCAUGACCAUAGGUGAGGAUGGGAACGUAGAUCGAUUGGUAAAUUGAGAGCUUUGCCUUCCGGCUCAGCUCCUUCUUCACCACAACGGAUCGAUACAGCGUCUGCAUUACUGAAGAUGUCGCACCGAUCCGCCUGUCGAUCUCACCAUCCACUCGUGAACAAGACUCCGAGGUACUUGAACUCCUCCACGUGGGGCAGGGUCUCCUCCCCAACCCGGAGAUGGCACUCCACCCUUUUCCGGUCGAGAACCAUGGACUCUGACUUGGAGGUGCUGAUUCUCAGUCCGGUCGCUUCACACUCGGCUGCGAACCGAUCCAGUGAGAGCUGAAGAUCCCGGCCAACAUAUAUAAACUAUCAGACUGCGUGGUCGCUAGUAGUGGGUUUCAGUAGGCCUUUAACCCAGGGGUGUCCUAAGUGCGGCCCGCCACACAUUCUGCAAAAAUUGCAAAAUUGAUAAUAUUGCAAAAAUGUAAAAAGACCAUUUAAAAAAAGUGGAAAGAGGUGAAAUCUAAAGUGGCAAUGUUGACACAAAGAUGCCAUGCAGGCAGUUUUAUUUUUUCCUUUUGUCUUUAUUUUGUUUUUUUUCCAUUGCUCAAUAAAAAAAAGGACCAAAAAAAUCUAUAUUAUAAUGAAUUCUUACUUUAAAAUGAUCACUUUAAAAUGUUUUAUGUGGAAAAAUAUUGCAUAUGUUGUGGGGUUGCCAUAUAAAAACAUCAAAGUUUUGACAAAAGAGCAUAAAACAAACCAAAUAAUAGUUCAAACUUAAAAUCGACAGAUAUAUGGGAAGUUGAUCUUGAAAUUUAAGUGUUAAAAGUACAAAAAAAGUAAUAAAAAUGCAUCACUUUAUGAGUGGGGAACCUUUCGGGUCUCAGAUAUAUUUAGUAGGAUUUUAUUUAAAUUUUCAUUGUGAUUACUCAAAAAUAUUAAAUCAUUAAAAUCAAUGGUGUCCUGCAUUAUUGAUCUUUAAGGACUUUAAUUGCUAAAUAAAGGAACUCUCCUGAAAGAAUCACAAAAGUACUAUCUAUCUAUCUAAAUACUGCAUAUUUCAGUUUUACUAUAAAAACUAUGUUGUCUUGUCUUUGACAGAUUAAGCAUAAAACCUUAUUUGUUUUACUUUAUAUCAGUUGAUAUAGAGAUUUACUGUAAGCAUUAAAUAAUAAAAAAAAAAUAAUAAUUUGACUUAUUUUUAACAUUUUAGUGACAGAGACCCUCUAUGCUCCCCAGGAUAAGGAUUUUAAAAAACAUCUAUUUAUUUUGUUAUGGUUUGAAAAUGAAAAUUAAUAUCAAUGCUUAAAUUUUUCCGUGUGCGGCCCUCUGUGGAAAAAGUUUGGACACCCCUGCCUUAAACAGAACAUCACACAGUGUUUACAUGCACACAAAAAUGGUUGAAACUAGCUUUUAAAACAUGGAGCUUGUAAAAAAACAAACUUUUUUAUUUUACUUAAUAGAUACGGGAUCAACCAACCUGGAGAUUGUUUUGAUUGGAUCUGCUUCCACGUUGAGGUUAGAACAUGCACAUUAUGAAGGGUUCUUAAUUCUGGCAACAACAACUGGUAUUGCAAUAUCUCGUUAUCUAAACCAAAACAAUCAUAUUAUAUUUAAGUGUUGAGUGCAGCCAACUUAAUAACCGACAGAUGGUGCACGUCUUGAUCAGAAAGCCCACAAUAUGAACAUGUUUCAAGUUCUUGUUCCAUCAAUGAUCAAUCAAUCAAUGAUUAUUUAUAUAGCCCUAAAUCACUAGUGUCUCAAAGGGCUGCACAAACAACAAGGACAUCCUGGGUAGUAUAAUGUCUUAUUAGCUCGGUUGGUAGAGUGGCCGUUCCAGCAACUUGAGGGUUGGAGGUUCGAUUCCCGCUUCCGCCAUCCUAGUCACUGCCGUUGUGUCCUUGGGCAAGACACUUUACCCACCUGCUCCCAGUGCCACCCACACUGGUUUAAAUGUAACUUAGAUAUUGGGUGUCACUAUGUAAAGCGCUUUGAGUCACUAGAGAAAAGUGCUAUAUAAAUAUAAUUCACUUCACUUAUAUCAAGCCUUCAAACCAGUGGCGUCAUUAGGCCUUUUUAAUCCCUUAAACCCAGGGGUGUCAAACUCAUUUUAGAUGGGGGGCAACAUGGAGAAAAAUCUACUCCAAAGUGUACCGAACCAGUGAAAUCCUGGCACGAUAAUUAAAAAAUAAAGACACCUUUCAGAUUAUGUGUUUAAAAAAUACAACAAACACAUUCCGAAAAAGUACAAGUCAUAAUGUUGUUUUUUUUACACUUACAUGUUGCGGUUGAUAGUAUUCCAUCUUUAUUGGUCGAUAUUUAUAUUUUCUGAAACAAUUAUGUGAUAAAGUUCAGUCGACUCACUGGUGUUAAUUUUCAAUCCAUCAAAAAUACAAAAAUGGAUGUUAUUUGUGUAGUUUGCUUAUUUUCUUCGACUGUUGCACUAACACAGGGGUCACCAACCUUUUUGAAAGCAAGAAAAAGGCUACCAGUUUGAUACACACUUAAAUACAUUGACAGAAAUAGCCAAUUUGCUCAAUUUACCUUUAAUAAAUAAAUCUAUACGUAUACAAAAAUGGGUAUUUCUGUCGGUCAUUCCGUCAUACAUUUUUUUUCCUUUAACAGGUUUUUUGUAGAGAAUAAAUUAUGAAAAAAACACUUAAUUGAAUGGUUUAAAAGAAGAGAAAACAGGAAAAAAUUGAAAAUUACAUUUUGAAACAUAGUUUAUCUUCAAUUUCGACUCUUUAAAAUACAAAAUUCAACCAAAAAAAAGAAGAGAAAAACUAGCUAACUCGAAUCUUUUUGAAAAAACUAAAAAAAAGAAUUUAUGGAUCAUUAUUAGUAAUUUUUCCUUAAGAUUCAUUUUAGAAUUUUGAUGACAUAUUUUAAAUCCAAUCUGCAUUUUGUUAGAAUAUAUAACAAAUUGGACCAAGCUAUAUUUCUAACAAAGACAAAUCAUUAUUUUUACUAGAUUUUCCAGAACAAAAAUGUUAAAAGAAAUUCAAAAGACUUUGAUUCCAAAGAUUUUCUAGAUUUGCCAGAAUAAUUUUUUUGAAUUUUAAUCAUAAGUUUGAAGAAAGAUUUCACAAAUAUUCUUUGUCAAAAAAACAGAAUUAAAUUAAAAUGUAUUUAUUAUUCUUUACAAUAAAAAAAAAAUUGUCAGAAAAGAAUUGAAAAAGUAAGAAGGUAUAUGUGUUUAAAAAUCCUAAAAUCAAUUUUAAGGUUGUAUUUUUUUCUCUAAAAUUGUCUUUCUGAAAGUUAUAAGAAGCAAAGUAAAAAAAAAAAAAUGAAUUUAUUUAAACAAGUGAAGACCAAGUCUUUAAAAUAUUUUCUUGGAUUUUCAAAUUCUAUUUGAGUUUUGUCUCUCUUAGAAUUAAAAAUGUCGAGCAAAGCGAGACCAGCUUGCUAGUAAAUAAAUACAAUUUAAAAAAUAGAGGCAGCUCACUGGUAAGUGCUGCUAUUUGAGCUAUUUUUAGAACAGGCCAGCAGGCGACUCAUCUGGUCCUUACGGGCCACCUGGGGCCCGCAGGCACCGCGUUGGUGACCCCUGGUCUAACGUGAUUUAUUUGUAUUCCAUAUGUAGCAUCAUCUACAAAGAAUUGCUAUUGUGACAUCUAGUGGACACGUUUAGAACAGCAGUUUCAUUCAUUCAAACAUUUUGCCUCAUUUUCCAUACUUACAACUCGGAUGAAACCUGUUCACGGACCUGAUCCCGCCCGAGGGGCCGUAUGUUCGACACCCCUGCUUAAACCCCUCCUAAAUCAUUUGUUGCAAUAAUAGUGCCGACAAAUGUAAUAUAAAGAGCCAGAAUGUGAGUUUUAAUCGUGAGAAGUGGAGUUUCUCUGCUUUAAUCAGGGCUCCUUGAACGCACCACAGUUAUGUGGCGUGAGAUGACAUCAUGCUGCUUCCCAAAAUGUGUGUGAAUGCAUGAAUGUGAGAAUAGUGUCUUUACAAAACUGAAGAUAACAUCCACAUCAUUGAUUUUAUAAACCAGAUGUUUUGUGCAUUUAUUUUGAAAUAUCCGCAUUGGUGAGGACAUGAGGGACGUUCUCUUAUACGAGGGAAGCAAACAAUUAAUUUGGGUUUUAUUCUUUUCUUUCGUGGUGGAACAUUAAUGAGUUUGAUUGUGCCAAAAUGUUUGUCAUUUAAUCAGCAGGCAGGAAGGCUGCAUGAACACGAGGCUUCUCCCAAAACCUGCAAAAGGAUUUCUUUCAAAUAAAAAUUAAAAAUUGCACUGUAAUUUAUUAGCAUUUUUAAUGUACAUUAUUAGCUUGAUCAAUACUGGACGAGGGACGGGUGACUUGGGGAGUUUUUAGACCUUUUUUGGAUGAACAAUAGUAUUUGAAUCCUUGUAAUUGCCCACAAUUCAACCACUUGCUCUUUUAUAGAACAUUUUAUCCCCUCAAUAAAAAAGUGUUCAAGUAAGGGAAAAAAAAGUGUUGUUGUUUUUUUUUAUUGCAAAGUGACAAUCAGAUUAAAUGGAAAAAGAUGCUCAAGUAUGGAAAACAAUUUUAUUCUUGCAAAGUCCAACAAUCAAUGAUUAAUAAAUUAAGUGUCAUGGACAUUGUGGCUUUAAAGUUGGUCAAAAGCGUCAACAGGAAGUGUCGUUUUUUUUUUUUUUAAACCCGUCAUGCAGUAACAAA